CGAUCGGAAACUGAACAGUCAGUUCACCAGUGGGAAGAAAGUCAGUCAUAACACAACAGGUAGUGGGAGAUACUUACAUUAUCUGAUUACUCACAGCUGAUCAGCCAUUUUAUACGGAUCAAGUACAAGCCAUGGCUCUUGCUCUACCAGUGUCAGUCAUUCAAGAGGCAAGGACAGUUAUCGAUGGUAACGCUGAAUGUGACUUGGCCACUACUGUUCACAAUUUUGUGCGGCCAAUGGCUCCGUCCUCUAAUUUGUCGCCCAUGGCCAAAAUCGACGAAGUGCAACAGACAAUGUGGGAAAUGGAGAGAUACCUUCAAGGAGCUGUUCCUUCGCCACUAACCAUGAGUCCGUUGAUCACAAGAAAAAGGAAAUUUCGACGAGAAAGCGCCAAUGUCGUGAAUGACUUUUUCACAUUUGAUGACGACUCCGGUGAUUGUAUUGUAGUGGAGCAGAACAACAACGAGCCACUGCCGGAGAAGGUCUUUGUGACAGAUGUGGAUACAUUUACGCUUCCUCCAGCAUUUACGAACACUACAACAAUCACUACGAUAAAUCCGGUUCCAGUCGUGACGAGCAAUAUUCAAAUGCCAACCGACAACCGUUCUCACUUCCAUCAACUCAAAGUUGUUCAACCGCCACGCGACUACACGGUGAUUUAUCCUCCAACACCGCCGAAUUCAAACCCUGGCUCACCAGAAAUGGCUGCCCAACAAAUAUAUUUAGGACCAUUGGGCCCUCCGCCGCCAUACACCCCUCCAACUGUACUGGUACCGCAUAAACGUGGCUCGCCUGAACUACAGCGACGAAGGAUACAUCACUGUGAACAUCCAGGCUGUAAUAAAGUUUACACCAAGAGUUCGCAUCUCAAGGCUCACAUGAGAACUCAUACGGGUGAAAAACCGUAUAAAUGUACCUGGGAAGGUUGUGAAUGGAGGUUUGCUCGCUCGGAUGAGCUUACCAGGCAUUUUAGAAAACACACGGGCGCCAAACCGUUUAAAUGCCAGUUCUGUGACAGAGCUUUCGCCAGAUCGGAUCAUUUGGCGCUCCACAUGAAACGCCAUCAACCACAACAACAAUCUUAGAGAGAACUGAGCGAAUACAUGAACAAUAGACUUCGUCCUGAGCACGACAAAGACCAUUUGCAACAUAAAUGAUGAUAAAGAAUGGACUUCGUCUUGAACACGACGAGCACGAUUUGCUCUGAACUGAAAAACUUGAUUACAAUUAUCAUUGCAAGAUGAAGUAAAUAUGUCGAGUUUUGACGCAAUGAUUCAAAUGUUAUUCUUUCAUCUUUCAAGUGGAUUGUCGCCGCACUAUCACACGAAACUUUCUUGUGGUUCAGUGCGAAUCAUAUUGUUGAGCUCUAUCUAUGGUUGUGUUAUUAAAUACUGGCAAGGAAGUGACAACUGAACCUCUCCAAAUAAGCGCAGAAAUAAGAUUAUCGCUCUAGUGCUUUAACAACAUCUGUACUUUGUACAAAUAAUGGUCUUCAACACAACGCACCUCAUCACAUCCUGCCACAAGUAAAGAAAUCUUACAAAGAAGAAAACAACGCCAUCAAGAUUAUUUUGUGGAAAAGAAGAGUUUGUAAAUAAGAAGUUUUUGUCAAAAGAAAAGAGAUGUAUUUUUAUGUAAUGGAAUUUUAGAGGUUAUAUUUAUAAGAUACUGUGUUAUUUUAUUCAAAAAGAUGAGAAUACUAUCAAAAUAAAAAAAGCAGUUGGAAUUUCA